UUCCUUAAAUCUCUGUCGUUUCAGUUUCAUCCAACACAUCACCAUAUAUAUACAUAUGAUGUUGAAAUCUGUUAAAGGAAGCUUGACGAACCCUCGAUCAGGAUCAAAGUGUACUGUGCAGCAGCAGAAGAAGAAGAAGAAGAAUCAAUCAGACAGUGAGUCACUAACUGGUGUCCAGUGGGCAGAGCGCGACGCGUGCUUAGAGCUCAGCAACCAAUACUGUAACUGUGGCCACGCCAUUGUUGAGGAUGGAAACGCACCUGAUGCUGAACCCAAUAGUUCUUUUGCUCAUGCCGUCAUCAAUAUGGUUGGGAUGCUCACAGGUUUGGGGCAAUUAUCAGCGUCAUACGCUGUAGAAGAGGGAGGUUGGGCAUGUGCAUUAAUAUUCCUGAUAGGGCUUGCAACGACCUGUGCUUAUGCUUGUGGCCUUCUUGGGAAAUGCAUGGACAAGAACCCUAAGCUACGAAGCUACGCUGACAUAGGCGAAGAAGCCUUUGGAAGAAGAGGAAGAAUGGUGGCUUCAACCCUUAUCUACACUGAGAUCUUCAUGGCUCUCGUCUCCUACACCAUCUCACUACACGACAACUUGUUCACUGUCUUCGCGGGAAGCCACUAUCUCAAGCAUCUGAGGUUGCCUGAGUUUCUGUCACCUUCUCAGCUUCUCACUGUUCUCGCCGUGCUGAUUGCUAUGCCUAGCUUGUGGCUCAGAGACCUUUCUUCCAUCUUCCUUUCCACGGCCGGUGUUCUCAUGUCUGUCAUUAUUUUCUUGUCCGUCGCUGCCACUCCCAUCUUCGGAGGCGUUAGGGUUGACCACCACAUUCCAGUUCUUCAGAUUCGUAACGGCCCUUCUGUUUCUGGCCUCUUCAUCUACAGCUAUGGUGGACACGUCGUGUUCCCUGAUCUCUAUAAAUCUAUGAAGGACCCCUCCAAGUUUACCAAAGUCAUAAUAGUGAGCUUUCAAUAGCCACCCUGCUGUUUACAACGCCUGGGAUUCAUGGGUGCGAAGAUGUUUGGGCCACAAGUAAAGUCGCAGAUCACUCUGAGCAUGCCACGUAAUUUCGUAGGGACGAAAGUAGCAGUGUGGGCGACAGUGAUAACACCAAUGACCAAAUAUGCGCUUGAGUUGGCGCCAUUUGCUAUUCAGCUACAGAAAAGAUGGCUUCCCAGUUCAAUAAGCAGCAGAAACAAGAUGAUAGUGCGAGGCACGGUGGGUUCAGUGCUGUUGCUGGUAAUUCUAGCUCUUGCUCUUUCAGUGCCUUACUUUGAGGACGUGCUUAGUCUCACUGGCUCGCUUUUGACCGUUGUGAUAAGCUUGAUCUUCCCUUGUGCUUUCUACACUAAGAUCUGCUGGGGACAAAUAAAAAAGCCUCUCUUAGUCUUCAACUCGUGUCUCGCCACUCUAGGGCUCAUCCUUGGAGUUAUGGGCACUAUUUCUUCCUCCAGGUCACUCCUCAGCAAUCUUCAGGCUCAUCACUGAUCAGCUUGUUAUAUAAAUAUAUAUAGGUUUCUUUAUCUGUGGUGAUGGAAGAAGAUCAACUUUUGUUGUUUUUGCUUUAAUUUGGUAAAUCACGCGCUGUGGUUUUUA